CAGACGGGAAGCGUCUCACGGACAAAUGGCGUCCCUCCAGUGCGAAGCAGCCGAUCUCCGGCCGAGCGCGGCGGCGGGAACGGUGGGGAGGUAAACACACCGCCGCCCCGGAAUUUCUUUUGAAGCAAGAUGAGCGCGCUGCUUCACGCAGGGUCCGUGUAGCAGGCUUGGCGGCUGGACGUUGCGGCACCCGUCGGCAAUCGCGAGUAGACCGCUGUCCCGGUGUACAAACAAUCCUGCUGUCAAGCUAAACAGACCGGAGGGUGUCAGCUGCAGCCCGUGCUUCCCUCUGGGUUGCUUAUUUAUCUGCGGUGUUGUUGGGGGUUUUUUUUUUUUCUUUUUUCUUUUCUCGCCGAUGUUUUUUCUGUGUUAGUGUUUCACCGGGGCCUGGUGUCAGGCGCUGCAGGCGACAGUAGCAGGUCAAAUGUUUCCACCCCGACGUCGGAGGGACACAGACUGAACAUGGGCAUCACCCCUUCAGAGAUCUCCUCCUCCUCCUCCUCCUCCUCCUCCUCAUCAUCAUCAUCAUCCUCCGCCUGACUGGUUGGCCGCCUCUUCGUUAAUCCUAUUCAGGAGAUCAUCUUUUCAACCUUUCCUGAGGUUACACCAUCAAGACGGCGUUAUCUCAGAAAGCCAGCUCUGUGGCAGUGAAGAUGACCACAGCACGAUACCGUCCCACCUGGGAGCUGGCCGUGGACCCCCUGGUCUCAUGUAAGCUGUGCCUUGGAGAGUUCCCUCUGGAGCAGAUGACCACCAUCACACAGUGCCAAUGUGUCUUCUGUACACUGUGCCUGAAGCAGUAUGUGGAACUCCUGAUUAAAGAAGGCCUUGAAACUGCAAUUAGCUGUCCAGACUCUGCCUGCCCCAAAAGAGGACACUUGCAGGAAAAUGAGAUCGAGUGCAUGGUGGCCACGGAGAUGAUGCAGAGAUACAAGAAGCUUCAGUUUGAAAGGGAGGUGCUGCUGGACCCGUGCCGGACAUGGUGCCCUUCCUCAACCUGCCAGGCCGUGUGCCAACUAACGGAAUCAGAUUCUCCAGCACUGCCCCAGCUGGUCAAAUGCGCCGUCUGUGCCCUCGAAUUCUGCUCGGCCUGCAAGGCCAACUGGCACCCCGGGCAGGCCUGCCAGGAGAACAACCUGCCCAUUACUUCCUUCCUACCAGGAGAAAACAGCUCUUUCUAUAAGAAUGAAGAGGAUGAUGCACCAAUCAAGCGCUGUCCUAAAUGUAAAGUUUACAUUGAGAGGGACGAGGGCUGCGCACAGAUGAUGUGCAAGAACUGCAAACAUGCCUUCUGUUGGUACUGUCUGGAGUCCCUGGAUGAUGACUUUCUCCUGAUCCACUAUGACAAAGGGCCCUGUCGAAACAAACUGGGCCACUCCAGGGCAUCUGUUAUCUGGCACAGAACACAGGUUGUGGGGAUCUUUGCUGGCUUUGGCCUGCUCCUGCUGGUUGCCUCCCCCUUCCUCCUUCUGGCCACUCCCAUCGUCCUCUGCUGCAAAUGCAAGUGCAGCAAAGGCGAUGACGACCCUUUGCCAACCUAAACACGCCAUAAGAGCUGGAGCUGCUCCGUGAAUGAGCCGUCCUUUUUUUCCUUUUUACCCUUUUACAUUGUUCUCCUCUCACCAGCUUUGAGUGCUUCAUGUUUUGGGCUGAGCCUGCACCAGCCCCCGGCCGCUUCGGGAUCCAUAGCUCUGCAUGAGAGAGGCAUGGUAGAAAAGCGACCCUACACCUUGGCCUGAAGAGAGGUGCAGGGUCAAAGGUCAGAGGAGGUCAGACUGGUCUAAGGACCACUAUGUCUGUGUGUGUAAGACGUUGGUGGUUUGGGGAUGUGAAGGAAGACUAGGCCGCCUUAAGUGGCCUCACUGUGGGUUACUGUGCUGUGGUAUUUUGGUGGGUCAUUACAAAGGAAAAAUCAAUGUUAAGAAAUGCUUUUUCUCUUGUAUGGACAACAUCAUGCAGGAGCCACCUUAGAGAAAAACUUUUACUUUUUGCGCUCUGUGUUGUCGGUUUGUCGUACGCAACAAAAGCUUUUUUUCCCACCACCACACCUGAUGUAGCUCUACAGGUUCAGUCAGUAGCAUUAGAGUUACACCACGCAUGUUUGGUGUUCACUCGAUUUGCACAAAGAACAUGAUUUCUUUGUCAUGUUCACGACUGAGGUAGAGAUGGGAGGCUGUUGUCACUCUCAACUCAAUGUACAGCACGUCCUCUUGAUGAUGUCAAUGUUUUAUAACCUGUCGCUUUUAAUAGAACAGUGCCCAGAGUAGUGUCUCCGUGUUGUACUUUUGAGUGUUUUCCGAACUGUUAGGUACAGGUAUUAAAGGGGAUUGCCACUCAAAUCUAAAAAUACUCUGAUUUUCUGUGGUCAAGUGACAAUGAUAACUAGUUUUGGUAACUAUCAGCUUAUGUUUUAUAGCCAAAUGUUCUUUUUGUAAUUGUUGAUACCAUCUCUCCUAAUUCAUUCUCGUUGACAGACCUCCAAACGUUAUAUAUUGGAGUCAUCUUUGUAAGAGAGAGAUUGUGUUUCAAGAAGAUGUUACGUAUUUUCAUGAUCCUAGUUCAGAAAGUUCCCAAAUUGAGUGGUGCUCCUCUUUAAGUUAGCAUUAAUUUAAACUUUAUCAAAGGACUUUGUAUCCACGUGUUGUGGAACCCUUUUAGUACUUCACAAAAGAGAUGUCACUCCUGUAAUUCUCAGUCCCCAGUUGGUGGUUUAGCCAAAUAGAAACGAAUAGCCUUAAAUUGAGAAUAGCCAAAAUUGGGCAUUUCCCUGUGCUUUAAAAAAAGAGUUCAAAGUCAAAAUCCAAAUAAUCCCAGGGAAAGCAUGUUAAAAGGUAUUUUUAGAGCAUAACAGACAGUCAGUGAAGCCCUUUAUAUUCAGAUGAUUCAAUGAUGUCAUCCAUAAGCCACACUGUUGAUAGCCAUAUUGUUAAAAAAAAAAAAGGGAAAAAAAAACCCAACUUUCCUCCACUGAUGUUCUGUGUGACCUAGGGCCUGUAUUUCCUAAGCCUCUCUGAGCAGGAGAGUUGAUCAACCUCCAUCCAGCCAUUUGAAACUUAACUCAGAUCAUAUCCUUCACUCUUUGAGACUUAACGAGUACCUGCAGGCCCCAAAUUGCAAACUUGCAUAUGUUAGUGGUCCAAGUGUUGAUGUUUUGUUUUGUUGGUAGGUACGCCUCCAACACCAAGCAGCUAUUCCUUGCAGGGACAUUAGAAAAGCCUAUAGAGUAAAUAUAAAAGAAUGUUCCGUUUUUGGGCAUAUAAUUACGAAGCUGCUCUAUACUAUAUCACUUUAUCUAUGCAAGUUUGUGCAUUACCAUUCUUAAAAGGCUAUCGAUUGGUCGUAAUGGGAGUGUGUAGUGAAAGCUGCAGAAUGUCACUGUACAUGUGCAUAUCAUGGCUUUUAUUUAAUCAGGGAAUUCUUCAGAAACUAUCUAUUUUACUUUCAUUAUAUUUGUUGCUGUUAUCCGUCUUUUAGCCAUAUUUUAAGGUUGCUAGCUUGAAAUCCUGGACAGAGUUUAGACACUUUUCAUUUGUCAAUGUCUUUUUGCUUCCGGGGAAUCUGAUUUUUUUUUUUUUUUUUUUCUUUUUGUACAGUUGAACAAGUUCACAAAAACACUUAUUUCAUGUUAGGUCAGUAAAGGAAAAAAAAAAAACAGGUUAAAUAAUUUAGUUCUAAACAGAUUAUUGGGUUUUGCUACCAUGCAAAGCCAUUCCAGUGUUUUCAAUAAGCCAUUUACUUUGUCCUUUCUUCUGGUGUAAUUCACCAGUGUUCAUGUAGCAUUUCAUGAGAUGUGUGGCUACAGUUACCAAAAAGGUCGGUCAAUAGUUAACAACAGUAGCUAUUCUAAGCUAAACAGUAGCUAAUCAUCUGCAACUCCCUGUUCGCUCAAAUUUAGCUCUGAUAUUCCAUAUAAUAAUCCUCGUUAUUAGCAGCCUUGUAUUUUGAGUACCUUACCUGUAGCCUGCGUUGCUUUCACUGACCUCACCUACUGUAUGACCACGAUAAUUUGAUAUCAAAGGCAGUCCAAUUUUGUACCUGUUGAAACUAAGGUCCUAAACCUAAAAUAAUUUCCAGAAGCUUUCGUUGUUUUCAUGACAAUCGUGCCAAGCAGAUUUCCUGGAAGGGAUAAGGAAACAGAGCUGUCUACUGUAUGUGCAUUUUGACCAUGUAUUUGUAAUAUAUUAACAGUUUUUAAAGGGUGGAAAAUAUUUCAAUGCUUCUUUAUGUAAGCGCUGCACCGUAAAUGGGUUUCAUUGUUUUACUUGGUGACAUGACUUGUGAUGUGUCUGGUAUGGUGUCUGCCUGCAGUGUUUAGUGGAGGAGUUCAGCAGCUGAAAUCAUUGUCAACUCAACAGAAAAGUCAAUACAUAUGAGAGAUUGCAACUGUACUUUUUAAGGGAUUUCGUGAUUUAAUCUAUCAGGGGUCUGAUAUCACCAGGAUAAAAAUGAAUUUCAAAUAUAUCAAUUUUAACACAAAAACAUCAUCGGAGUCUUGAGCUGGCACAAACUAACAAAAGUCACAUAAAAUCAUGGCCACGUCCAUUUUUUCUUUUUUACACAACACGCUUCUUUAGCUAUGUUUGCUGGCACCACUGAACAGGUCGAUACUAUAUUAUGCAACAAACAAAAAAGGGCCAAACAGCAAACAUUACAAUCACUGAAGCAUCACGUUGCAUAAAUACUCAUUUCCUAGGGCCAGAAGAGGUUUGCCAGGGCUCCAUAUAAAGGUUUAGUUAAUCUCCUAACAUCAGCACAGGUGUUGGAAUAGGACAGUUUGACUGAGUUAAGGGCUUGCUCCUGAUAUUUCUGAUAUUCGGCCCUUGAAUGGUUAAGUAAGGUAAACUUUAUAUUACAAAGCCUACACUUUACAACUAUCUUAAGUUUUGUUAUGCGCAGCAAUUUAUAUUUUAUAACCUGUUGUGUCAAGAGAUGAAGCUGCAUGAUUUUUCUCUGACUUCUACAUGUUAAAUAUUAAUAUACGGUAGCCUCUAAAGAUCUGUGGAAUGGUAGCGUCGAACCAUUUCACCCAGCAGUCAGUUUUUGGUUGUUUUUUUGUUUUGUUUUGAUUUUGUUAUUUUUUUGUUUUUGUUUUUUUUUGGAGGGGAGGGAUGGGGUGGGGGGGGGUCAGCCUUCCUCCACUCAAUAGGUUGACUUCAUGUUGUUUGUUUUUUUUGUUUUGUUUUUUUUGCAUUAGCUUUUUUAAAGAGCGAAAUUCUUGAGGCCUGAUCAGUCAAUUAAAUUUCAAUCAGACACCUCGGUGGGUGGAUUAUUGGCAGGGGAAAUGAUGUCCGUACACAAGGCUUCUUUGUUUAGAGAUGUUUAACAAUGUCUCUAGUUUAACCAGUAACUGAAAGUUAAUUGACCUGGGUGAUAACAAGGAAAUAAACAUUGUACAAUGCCAUAUUGGGAUCAGUUCUGUACAACUUUAGACUCGGCAUCUCGGUAUAUCUGCAGUUCCACUAACACUGUGACACCAGGUAUUAAAGGUUGUUGUUUUUUUGUGAUUGUGCUCUCUUCAUUCACUCACACUAAUGUACUGAAAUAUUUCAAACAUAGCAUGAAGAAGUCUUGUGGCCCAUUAGGUUGUGAAAUGGCUCCCUCUGGUGUUGAAAGUGUAUAUUUCUCCUUUCUGUUAACAGGGGACCUGCAGUACAAGAUUUGCACAAAUCAUUGACAUCAGUUAAACAAGAGAUGAUCAUUUCUAAUGUCAUUCUCCCAAGUAUUGGAUAUGAAAAAUUAUAACUGAACAUCUUUAAUAGAGCAACUAAAAUCCACAAUUAGUUUUGAGGUAUCUAGACCUUAUGCUACAAAAUGUUCAUUUUUACUAUUUCUUGGAGAUAAUCAACAAUAAAUGGAGACAAGCGAAAUAAUGUACCAUCAAAAAUGAAAAAUGGAUGUCACAAGUGUAUGUCAUUUGCUUUUCAUUUAUAAAUUGUUCUAAUCUUCCUAAUUAAUAACUUGAGUCACACAAUAACUUUUUAAAUACUGUUGUUUUUUUUUAAACUUAGGAGGCGUAUCAUUUUCUGAUCUUAACAAUGACCUUUUGUAGAGAAUGUUCACAUCCUCUUAUCAGGUCUUUGUUUUACUUGCAUCAAGCAUCUUUCCUUCAUAUUAAAGGGAGCUCUGUCUGUUCCAGUGCAGCUCUGUCUGUUCAUCAGACGCGUGUCAGCCUUUUGUUACGGUCUGCCAAAGAACAGGUUGUUCUUUCCCUCUCUCUGCUUUUGUGUCUAUUUCCUGCCAGAUGCUGGAUUGGGAGCAUUAACAAGACAACCCUGAAAAUGAAAGUGCAAACGCUCGGUGAUAUAUCAUCCCUUGCCAGCUGUUCUCUGUUUGGAAGACUCUCAACCAAUCACUGGGCAGGACCACAGGAAGUUACCAUCUGUGGGCACCAUGGUGACAGGGUUUGUGGAUGGGCGUUGAAGCUGAUGUGUUAUCUUGAGAAAAUGAAGUAUGAUACAGGGGGAGAGAGAGCCAGGGGGGUGCA